CCGGGAAAGGGAACGAGCGGCACCGGGAGCGGGACCGGCACCGGGGAACGCGGAGAUGGCGGUCGAUAAGGACCUGCUGGAGCUGGACCUCUACGGGCUGCUGGGAGUCGGCGAGAAGGCGUCGGAGAAGGAGGUGAAGACAGCGUUCCGACAGAAGGCCCUGACGUGCCACCCGGACAAGAACCCGGACAACCCCCGGGCAGCGGAAAUCUUCCACCAGCUGUCCCAGGCCUUGGCCGUGCUCACAGAUGCAGCAGCCAGGGCAGCAUAUGACAGGGUGAGGAGGGCGAAGAAACAGGCUGCAGAAAGGACACAGAAGCUCGAUGAGAAGAGGAAGAAAGUAAAGCUUGAUCUUGAAGCCAGAGAACGAGAAGCCCAGUCCCAGGAGAACGAAGAGGAGGAGAUCGGGAUAACGAGAUCAUUAGAAGAAGAAAUAAUCCGCCUGCGGGAGGAGGGCUCCCGGCAGCUGGAGGAGCAGCAGAGGCUCAUCAGGGAACAGAUCCGGCUGGAAAGGGAGCAGCACAGCCAAGGCAAGCAGGAAAGAAAUGGAGCAGAAGGCAAAGUAACUCCUAAACUCAAGCUCAGAUGGAAAUGCAGGAAAGAAGAUGAGACGGGAGGGGGAUACUCCAAAGAUGUGCUGCUGCAGAUGCUGCAAAAGUAUGGAGAUGUGCUCAAUUUGGUGAUCUCCAGCAGGAGGACUGGGAGUGCAGUGGUGGAAUUUGCUGCGGUGAAGGCGGCGGAGAUGGCUGUGAAGAACGAAGUUGGCCUGAUAAACAACCCUCUGAAGAUUUCCUGGCUGGAGGGGCAGCCCCGGAGCCACCCCAGCACUGUCCUCUCUGACAGCACCAGCCAGCCCAGGACCUCACAGGCAUCCGUGGUGUCGGAGCGGGACUACGAGAGCCUGGUGAUGAUGAGGAUGCGCCAGGCAGCAGAGAGGCAGCAGCUCAUCGAGCAGCUCCGGCGGGAAGACGAGGAAGAGUCUCACACUUAGCGUGACAGUAGGGAUUCUCCCCACCCCUGCACCCCCCCCGCCCUGAGCUCUUUCUUAAUUUAAGUCAAUAAACCUCCUUUUUUAAA